AAAUUUCAUUUCCAAUUGAAUUUGGUAACAAACAUUUUCUCUCAAAUCUCAACUCGAAAGCCUGAGAGAGAGAGAGAACCUUCGAUGGCUUCCAUGUCUGCCGUCCUCAGCAAAUCCCCUUUCCUCUCUCAGCCUCUCUCCAAAUCUCCAUCCUCCGAUCUCCCCUUCUCCGCUGCAACCGUUUCUUUCCCCUCGAAAUCGCACCGUCGCGGCGGAGUAAUCCGCGCCGGACUCAUCUCUCCCGACGGCGGGAAGCUCGUGGAGCUCGUGGUGUCCGAGCCACGACGGCGGGAGAAGAAGCACGAGGCGGCGGAGCUGCCCCGCGUGGAGCUCACGUCGAUCGACGUGCAGUGGAUGCACGUGCUGAGCGAAGGCUGGGCAAGUCCGCUCGGAGGCUUCAUGAGAGAAUCCGAGUUCCUCCAAACUCUUCAUUUCAACUCGCUUCGUCUUGACGACGGAUCCGUCGUCAACAUGUCUGUGCCUAUCGUCCUCGCUAUUGACGACGAGCAGAAGGCUAGUAUCGGCGAGUCCAAACGCGUCGCGCUUGUUGGUUCCGAUGGUAACCCCGUCGCUAUCCUCAGCGACAUUGAGAUUUACAAACAUCCCAAGGAAGAGAGAAUAGCAAGAACUUGGGGUACGACGGCUCCAGGCUUGCCUUACGUAGAAGAAGCCAUUACUAACGCUGGAAACUGGCUGAUUGGGGGUGACCUUGAGGUUCUUGAGCCAGUCAAGUACAAUGAUGGGCUUGACCGUUUUAGGCUUUCCCCUGCUGAGCUUCGCAAGGAGCUGGAGAAGCGUGGCGCGGAUGCUGUCUUUGCUUUCCAGCUUAGGAACCCAGUUCACAACGGUCAUGCACUUCUUAUGACCGAUACUCGGAGGAGACUUCUUGAGAUGGGAUACAAAAACCCUAUUCUUUUGCUUCAUCCGUUAGGAGGGUACACAAAGGCUGAUGAUGUUCCUCUAAGUUGGAGGAUGAAGCAGCACGAGAAGGUGCUAGAGGACGGUGUUCUUGAUCCAGAGACUACAGUAGUUUCGAUAUUCCCGUCUCCUAUGCAUUAUGCUGGUCCAACCGAAGUGCAGUGGCACGCAAAGGCGAGAAUCAAUGCCGGUGCAAACUUUUACAUUGUGGGUCGUGAUCCAGCCGGGAUGGGUCACCCAGUUGAAAAACGUGAUCUCUACGAUGCUGAUCAUGGAAAGAAAGUACUAAGCAUGGCCCCUGGACUUGAAAGACUCAAUAUCCUUCCUUUCAGGGUUGCUGCAUAUGACAAGACACAAGGCAAAAUGGCUUUCUUUGAUCCCUCGAGGCCUCAAGAUUUCUUGUUCAUCUCCGGCACUAAGAUGCGCACAUUGGCCAAGAACAAAGAAAACCCUCCAGAUGGAUUCAUGUGCCCAGGUGGAUGGCAAGUUCUUGUUGAUUACUAUGACAGCUUGACUCAAGCAGGUAAACUACCGGUUCCGGCCUAAGACAAAGACAGAGACAAAGAAACUGUCUAUGAUUCGUUUCAAACUGUAUCUGCUUUGUGUUGUGGACCUUGAGGCAACAGUUGUAUAGGAGAAGCCUAUAUAUAAACAAUCUGGCCGGACCUUUUUUUUUCAAAAUAAAUUACAUAAAAGACUGUUUUUCCUUUAGGAAAGCUGUAAUAUUUGAUCAAACCACCGUCUGGUGAAAACUUGUACCAUAUGAAACGAUUGUGUUUAUAUGAAAACAAACAAGAAGCAGUUUUGCUAUUUCUAUGCAACUUUUCAAAGUUGUGGAGUAGCACUUGCAUGUUUACAUGAA